AUAGGAGCCCCGUAAAUAUUAAAAAAAAUUAAAAAAAAAAAAAAAAAAAAGUUUCUAGGUUGCCCCUACCUCAACCCCCGACCCCUCCCUCCCUUCAACUGGGCGGCGGGGGAAUGAAUCCACUCCCUUUUUGUGCUGCAUAUGGGUUUCCCUUUCCCAGAUCUGCAACUCACUCCCUUCUCUUACCUCCCGUUCAACUGGAAUAAAAGAAAGAAUCCCGUCCAUUUGCAUCUCAAGAAGUUGCAGAAGUAUUAGCAGCAGCACCGCUGCCGGUCAUCGAUUCAGCGUCUUCCACCGUCACCAACUCCGAAUCCGAAGACAACCCAUCGUCGCUGCGGCCUAAUCCGGAAUCCCCAGUUCGUUCUCCUUCUUGGCCAUCGCCAACUCCUGCUCCAAACGGUCAUCCUCCUCAUCUCAAAACCCAACUCCAUCCUCUUCACCUCAAAACCCAACCAUGAAAUCAAAAGACACCCUUCUCGAUCAACAGCAACUCCAAAACCCUAUCGAAUCGGGCCCUGUUGAACCCAAUCUGCGAGCCAAGAGACGCCGUCGCAGGAAGAAGUUCUUCACAGUGUCCAAUGGUUCUCCGUCGUUGGCCAAGAACCGCCACACCAACCUCACCAUGCUCGCCCUCAAAUGCGACCGCAGAUCCAUCGGCGACGAGGAAAAUGGGUCCAGCAGAUUGGACGCUCACAGCGGCAGUGGUUUGACCAUGAGGGAAGAGGUGGUUUGGCGAUUCGACGGGAAGGGAUGGGCUUACGAAUAGACGGUGGAGUUGGGAUGAUGGGUCGGGGAUUACAAUCCGCUCUUACCGGCAUGGGUAUGGGUCGAUGGAACUGGAGGUGGCAAUGGUGAAGAACGAAAUGGGGAUUUCAAAUUAUUAAUUUUGCUGGUUGGAUCGAAAUAGGGAUGAGGUUACUUGGAUUGACAAAAAAAAAAAAAAAAAAGCCUAGUUUUAAAAAAAAAUAUUUCUUUUUAAAAGUUUAUUUUUAAUUAUUUUUUUAUGUUCAAGUAGGACCAUAUUCACAUAUGACAUUUAAUCAUAAGACCACGACAGAUCCUAAAAUAAAUGAAAGGAAAAAGCAUGUAUCAAUGAAUAAUUCUAAGAAUAUUUUAUUCUUAUCAAAUA